CAAAUGUUGAAGAGAGAACAAUGUGACCACACUAAACAUGAUUCCAGUUUCUCUCAUUGGAAGAUUCUUGUUGGUCCUUCUGAUUGGGAAGAUUAUUCCAAUGGAAAGGAAGGAUCUACAAGAUAUAGGAUUCACAACCUGCCACAAAAUUCUGGUCCCGGAGUUUAUGAGCUUGGAGUAGCUAUAACGACUAGCGGUUUGGGGCGUGAAAUUUUCAAGCUUACCAGCGACCCUCAUCGCGUAGUUGUGGUUUAUCUAGGAAAAGCUGACAAUGUGAGAACAAGACUGCAAUGUUAUGGUAGAAAUGGAGCUCAUUUGGGUAAAGGUUGUUAUUCAUUUGAAUCGUCUGAUCAUGAUCAAAUGGGUCGCUCAUUGUUUCACGAGAUAUUUUUUCAAGGCUUCCCAAUUGUGUAUAGAUGGGCUCCUAUGCAAACCAAGGGAGAUGCCUUGCAAACAGAAUCUCAACUGCUAACUACAUUUGAUUAUGCAUGGAAUACAAUUAAUAAUGGUAAGCGUCGGCCCGAUGAUAUUCUUGAAAUGCUCAACAAAAUUACUUCAAGCGCAAGAACAAGAACAAUAUCAGAUGUGGCCAAAUCACUUAUACCCUUCACUCAAAAGAAAGUAGGGAUACCAAUUAAAUCAAGAAAGUUGCCUAUGACAGAUAACAAAUCAGACGAAUCAGACAAUGGUAACUACAAUUUCCUAUCUCGCGUGUUUAAAUUCAACCGUUUGCGUCCUAAGAUAGUUCAGGAUACAACUGAUUGCGCCUUUGAGAAUCAUGGUAAAGUUUGUGGAGUUAUUUUGGAUGAUGGUUCUAUUUGUACGAAGUUGCCGGUCGAAAAAAGAGUUAGGUGUCUUGAACACAAAGGAAUGAGAAUAAAUGUGAUCACUGCAAAAGCAAUAAGAAGAUCCAAGUCAGAAUCAGAAACUGUUAUUGAGAGUCAUGUGGAUGAAAGUAUCUCUAAAACCAUUAUAUGUGGAGUUAUUAUGGAAAAUGGAUCCACGUGUAGAAGAGAACCAGUUAAAGGAAGAAAAAGAUGUCAUGAACAUAAAGGAAAGAGAAUUCGUGCAUCUGUUCCUAUAAAUCAGAAAUAA